GCCUAGGGCUCUCGUUCUUGCGUGUUCGUCUUGAUUUCCACAAGCUUCUGCUCCUGCUCCUGCCUCUGCUUCGCCUUCGCCUUCUCUUCUUUGGUAAAGAAACAGCAAACAUGCCAAAGAACAAGGGAAAGGGAGGAAAGAACAGGAAGAGAGGAAAGAACGAAGCAGAUGAUGAGAAGCGCGAGCUUGUGUUCAAGGAAGAUGGUCAGGAGUAUGCUCAAGUUCUCAGAAUGUUGGGGAACGGUCGGUGUGAGGCAAUGUGCAUUGACGGGUCGAAGCGUCUUUGCCAUAUCCGAGGGAAGAUGCACAAGAAGGUCUGGAUUGCAGCUGGUGAUAUAAUACUCGUUGGUCUUCGCGACUAUCAGGAUGAUAAAGCUGAUGUUAUCCUCAAGUACAUGCCUGAUGAAGCAAGGCUAUUGAAGGCAUAUGGGGAGCUUCCGGAGAACACCCGCCUCAACGAGGGUAUCGCCGGCGGUAUCGACGAUGAGGAUGAUGGCGGGGUUGAUGAUUAUCUGGAGUUUGAGGAUGAAGAUAUUGAUAAGAUUUAGGGUUCGAGUGAUUAUUGAUGUUUCGUAACCCCCAUGGUUGGAGGGGGUGAGCUAUUCGUCAGUCAGUCUUAGAUUAACAAAUGUGCAUAAAUUUUGAGUCUUAAAAGAUUUUUCUUUUUCUGGUUCGUCUCCCCUUCCCUUUUAUAAUUAGACUACAACAUCUAUGGCUGGUUGGAAAAAAUAAUAUUUAUGGCAUUUUUAGCUUU